CACAACUGAACGUAUCUCUAAACUUUAGCUUACAACGAUGCAAUUCAUGAAAAGAGAUUGGGAGAAACUCUCGAAUAAAGCUUCCACAAAUCAAUCUGAACUUAUCUCUAAUCUCGAUCAACUCAUCUCUCACCUCGAGCUUCUUCGUGAAAACAACGGCAACCUAGAACAUACUCAGACCGAACUUGAAUCAAUUCUCAGUCAAUCCAAAUUGAUUUCUAAAUCUGCACUUCAAUCUCAUAAAGAAUAUCAUUCAUUAUGUUCUAAAUGGCAAAAAAUGAUCGAUAAAAGAUUCUCGCAGACCGUUUUACCACUUCUCGGCACUCAAGCUACAUUGAAUUCUGAUCCAAGUCUUUCAGCAAAUGAUGAUCCGAAACUCAAAAGACCAUUCGAAUCUUAUUCUGCUAGAUCUGCACUUGAUAGGGUAAUUGCAAACCAUUUGAUUCGUCAAGGAAGGUUUGAAACCGCUAAGAUCCUUUUGAAAGAGUGCGGUCAUUCGAUUCCCAAGGAACAUAUCGCCUCUUGUGAAUCACUUUAUCAAAUUCUGGAUUGCAUUCGAUCUGGUGAUCUAGCACCUGCAAUCCAAUGGGCCGAGGAACAUCGAGAAUGGCUGGAAGAAAGAGGAAGUCCAUUAGCAUUCGAUCUCAGACGAUCAGAGUUCGUACAUCUUUUAACUGAUGAUGACCUGAAAGUUAAAGAGGAAGCAAACGGAUUCAAUUCGAUAAAUGCUCAACAACGAGCACUCGCUUACGCUAGUGAACAUUUUAGACGAUUCAUCUCUACAAGAUGGGAUGAAGCUGUUAAAUUAACUUCUUCAGUCCUUUAUGCUCCUUUAUCUAACUUGAGAAAAUCACCUUAUUCAGAAUUUUAUCAAUCAGCUCAAACCGGUAGUUUAGUACCUUGGGUUCAUGCUCAUCAUCUUAUACCGCUCUUUACGCAAGAAUUUUAUGCAGCCUUAAGAUGGAGUAAAGAGUUACCAUUAGUAGUAGCAACCGAUCUUGGAUCAGGUGGAGCUUUAGCUAAAAUUGCAAAAGUUAGAUCAGUAAUGAAAGAGAAAAGAACAGAAUGGAGUCAAGCUGAUGAAUUACCAGUUGAGAUUCCAUUACCAGCUGAAUAUAGAUUUCAUUCAGUUUUUGCUUGUCCAGUUUCAAAAGAACAAUCAACUGAAAUCAAUCCUCCAAUGAUGAUGCCAUGUGGACAUGUGAUUGCACAGGAAUCCAUGAAGAAAUUAGCCAAAGGCGGAGGAACGGUCAAGUGUCCAUAUUGUCCUAGUAGCGCUUCAAUGACAACUGCCAUGGAAGUUUAUUUUUGAUUUUCUCUUUGUUUCCCAUCAUUUAAAUUGAUUUUAACUUUUAUCAUUCAUACUCAUCUUUCAUUAUUUUUAUAAUGUAAAACAAAAUCCUUCACACGCAUAGGAUUCCUAUUAUCGUCUUUCGUUCUUACUUAUCAAUUGUACAUGUUCAUUUCCUGUUGGCUUUUAUGUGUCUGUUGUGCUCAAAAGUUGUCCCUUUACAUUGCAGCUUGUACAACUUGGAAUCUAAAUGGUAUCCUCUUACAAUC